UAGUUUACAAAGGUGUAUUUUUCAAGUUUUUCUAAUAAUGUUAAUUAAUAUGUAAUUAUCGGUAAUAAAAGGUUUAUUACAGCGACUAGACGGACAGAUUGACACAUUUCGAGUUUCCUGAGAUCUAGGGUUAGGGAGUUAGGGGAAAUGUUGACCAAAGUGUGGAUGUUCACCAAAGUGUAUAAUACCGUUACUUCUGGAUUGUAGACGCAUUGAGGCAAAUAAAGCUAAAUAUCUCGGCCGCAGUAAGUCCUAGGGUCACCAAAAUUAUAUGGCUAUUUAGGACCAAUUGUCCUAAAGUUGGUGAGGAGGAGAGAGAGAGAAAGUAAGUAAAGUGCCGUGCGGGGCGUCUCAGUAAAGACACGAAGCCAGGAUAAACUCUUGGGUUGAGGCAUUGUUUUAAAUGCGGCCGGUAGCAGAGAUUCCCCGGAUCGGGCGGAGCUUUUGUUUUGGAGUUUGCUGAACUGCUGAGACGCAUACACACACAACCAAAAAGGUCUAUGUUUACCGAACAUGUAUUUCUUAUUCUGCUAAUACCGGUAAUGUAAUUCGAUGUAAUGUAAUGCAAUGUGAUGUGGGAUUUUUUUUUUUUUUCAUUUUAGAAAUGGAACACAGGUGUCUCCUGUAGCGGUUUUCUAUUGUUUGUGAGGAGUCUGGUUCGGCAGGGUGUAUUGAUUGAUGUAUUAAUUGAUUGAUGUAUUGAUUGAUGUAUUGAUUGAUGUAUUGAUUGAUUGGUUCUGCAGGAUGUCCUGUAGCGGUUUUCUGUGGUUUGUGAGGAGUCUGGUUCGGCAGGGUGUAUUGAUUGAUGUAUUAAUUGAUUGAUGUAUUGAUUGAUGUAUUGAUUGAUUGGUUCUGCAGGAUGUCCUGUAGCGGUUUUCUGUGGUUUGUGAGGAGUCUGGUGAGGAGGAAGCCGCUGGAGCCGGAUGGCGAGCAGUCGGAUUUCCGGCGCUGUUUGAAGACGCUGGAUCUGGUGGCGCUGGGGGUGGGCAGUACUCUGGGGGCGGGGGUGUACGUGCUGUCGGGGGAGGUGGCUCGGACCGUGGCGGGUCCCAGCAUCAUCAUCUCCUUCUUCAUCGCCGCCGUGGCCUCGGUGUUCGCCGGGCUGUGUUACGCCGAGUUCGGCGCCCGCGUCCCCAAAACCGGCUCCGCCUACCUCUACGGCUACGUCACCGUGGGCGAGAUAUGGGCUUUUAUCACCGGCUGGAACCUCCUGCUCUCCUACAUCAUAGGAACCUCCAGUGUUGCCCGGGCCUGGAGCGGCACCAUUGACGACCUGAUCGGAAACGUUAUCGCUAAUUAUCUGAGUCAGCACGCCGCCAUGAACCUCCCCGGCCUCGCCCCCUACCCAGACUUCUUCGCUGCUGCACUCAUCAUGCUGUUAGCAGGUAUCCUCACGUUCGGAGUGAAAGAGUCUGCGAUAGUGAACAAGAUUUUCACGGCGGUGAUCGUGGUCGUGCUGCUAUUCGUCAUUAUCUCUGGAUUCAUCAAAGGUGAUACUGGAUAUGUACACACUGAAUAA